GUCCUGCGGAGUUGGCGGAGGCUCCUCAGGGGACUGGGGGACCGAUCUGCGUAGACGCGGGUGGCGGGGAAGAGAGGGGAGGAGAGCUCUGAGUGGGAAGCGGAGCCGGGGGCCUGGGACCCGUCGCGUCAGAGCCAGGCAAGUGAACCGGAGCAAACGACUUCCGAUCCAGUCUGCGCUGCUGCGGCUCCCGUUUGGGAUUUGAUUUGCAGCAUCUUCGAGGCUGUGCAACAAAAAACCGCGAAGCACGCCCAGCCCUCCCCCGGCACCCCGAUACGCAUCCACUCCCUCCCGGGGACCCAGCUGGGCGAGUCCACAUCCCCGCGCCCCCCACACCAUGUUGUGCGGAAGGACUUCCACUCCCCGCCUGUGUCGUUGAUGUCAGACCCCAGGCCAGCCUCCGGGCGCUGCAGUUCUCCCGGCUAAUGCUGAGGCUGCGGCUUGGGCUCUAGCACAGGAACCAACCGCCGCCGCGCCGGCCCCAGCGCCCACCGUCUGCAUGUGUCCGCCGUAGCCGCCUGCCCAGCCCGCAGCCCGCGCUCCCCGGAGCGCUGGAGACCACCGCGGGGGGCCCCUUCUGCCUUUUGGAGAAGCGAUCUUGGAGGUAUUGAUUUCGGUGGUUGGAUUUUUCCCGUGGAUUUAUCAAUUCACAAUUCGAAUUUGGAAGAAAGAAGGAAAACAUGACGUCUCCAGCCAAAUUCAAAAAGGAUAAGGAGAUUAUAGCAGAGUACGAUACUCAGGUCAAAGAGAUCCGUGCUCAGCUCACAGAGCAGAUGAAAUGCCUGGACCAGCAGUGUGAGCUCCGGGUGCAGCUGUUGCAGGACCUCCAGGACUUCUUCCGGAAGAAGGCUGAGAUCGAGAUGGACUACUCCCGCAACCUGGAGAAGCUGGCAGAGCGCUUCCUGGCCAAGACGCGAAGCACCAAGGACCAGCAGUUCAAGAAGGAUCAAAAUGUUCUCUCUCCAGUCAACUGCUGGAAUCUCCUCUUAAACCAGGUGAAGCGGGAGAGCAGGGACCACACCACCCUGAGUGACAUCUACCUGAAUAAUAUCAUUCCUCGAUUUGUCCAAGUCAGUGAGGACUCAGGAAGACUCUUUAAAAAGAGUAAAGAAGUCGGCCAGCAGCUCCAAGAUGAUUUGAUGAAGGUCCUGAAUGAGCUCUACUCGGUCAUGAAGACAUAUCACAUGUACAAUGCCGACAGCAUCAGUGCUCAGAGCAAGCUAAAGGAGGCGGAGAAGCAGGAGGAGAAGCAAAUUGGAAAAUCCGUAAAGCAGGAGGACCGGCAGACCCCACGCUCCCCUGACUCCACAUCCAACGUCCGCAUUGAGGAGAAGCAUGUCCGGAGGAGCUCAGUGAAGAAGAUCGAGAAGAUGAAGGAGAAGCGCCAAGCCAAGUAUACAGAGAAUAAGCUGAAGGCCAUUAAAGCCCGGAAUGAGUACUUACUGGCUUUGGAAGCAACCAAUGCAUCUGUCUUCAAGUACUACAUCCACGACCUGUCUGACCUUAUUGAUCAGUGCUGUGACUUAGGCUACCACGCCAGCCUGAACCGCGCGCUACGCACCUUCCUUUCCGCUGAGUCGAAUCUGGAACAGUCAAAGCACGAGGGUCUGGACGCCAUAGAGAAUGCUGUAGAAAACCUCGAUGCCACCAGUGACAAGCAGCGCCUCAUGGAGAUGUACAACAAUGUCUUCUGUCCACCUAUGAAGUUUGAGUUCCAGCCACACAUGGGGGACAUGGCUUCCCAGCUCUGUGCCCAGCAGCCCGUCCAGAGUGAGCUGGUACAGAGAUGCCAACAACUACAAUCUCGCUUAUCCACCCUGAAGAUUGAGAACGAAGAGGUAAAGAAGACAAUGGAGGCCACUCUGCAGACCAUCCAGGACAUUGUGACCGUCGAGGAUUUUGAUGUGUCCGAUUGCUUCCAGUACAGCAACUCUAUGGAAUCCGUCAAGUCCACCGUCUCAGAAACCUUCAUGAGCAAACCCAGCAUUGCCAAGAGGAGAGCCAACCAGCAAGAGACAGAGCAGUUCUAUUUCACGAAAAUGAAGGAGUACCUGGAGGGCAGGAACCUCAUCACCAAGCUACAAGCCAAGCACGACCUUCUCCAGAAAACCCUGGGAGAGAGUCAGCGGACAGAUUGCAGUCUGGCCAGGCGUAGCUCAACUGUGAGGAAACAGGAUUCCAGCCAGGCAAUUCCUUUGGUGGUAGAAAGCUGUAUCCGGUUUAUCAGCAGACACGGACUACAGCAUGAGGGAAUCUUCCGAGUGUCAGGAUCGCAGGUGGAAGUGAAUGACAUCAAAAACGCCUUUGAGAGAGGAGAGGACCCCCUGGCUGGAGACCAGAAUGACCAUGACAUGGACUCCAUAGCUGGCGUCCUGAAGCUUUACUUCCGGGGGCUGGAACACCCUCUCUUCCCCAAGGACAUCUUCCAUGACCUAAUGGCCUGCGUCACAAUGGACAACCUGCAGGAGAGAGCUCUGCACAUCCGGAAGGUCCUCCUGGUCCUGCCCAAAACCACUCUGAUUAUCAUGAGAUACCUCUUUGCCUUCCUCAACCAUUUAUCACAGUUCAGUGAAGAGAACAUGAUGGACCCCUACAACCUCGCCAUCUGCUUCGGGCCCUCGCUGAUGUCAGUGCCUGAGGGCCAUGACCAGGUGUCCUGCCAAGCCCACGUGAAUGAGCUGAUCAAAACCAUCAUCAUCCAGCACGAGAACAUCUUCCCAAACCCUAGGGAGCUGGAGGGCCCCAUCUACAGCAGAGGAGGGAGCACGGAGGAUUACUGUGACAGCCCUCACGGAGAGACUACCUCGGCUGAAGACUCAACCCAGGAUGUGGCCGCAGAGCACCACACAAGUGAUGACGAGUGUGAGCCCAUCGAGGCCAUUGCCAAGUUUGACUACGUGGGCCGGACAGCCCGAGAGCUGUCCUUCAAGAAGGGGGCAUCCCUGCUGCUCUACCAGCGGGCUUCCGACGACUGGUGGGAAGGCCGGCACAAUGGCAUCGACGGACUCAUCCCCCAUCAGUACAUCGUGGUCCAAGACACCGAGGACGGUGUCGUGGAGAGGUCCAGCCCCAAGUCUGAGAUUGAGGUCAUUUCUGAGCCACCUGAAGAAAAGGUGACAGCCAGAGCGGGGGCCAGCUGUCCCAGUGGGGGUCAUGUAGCCGAUAUUUAUCUUGCAAACAUCAACAACACCUUACAUCUUGAGAACUCAAAGCCCACGACCACCAAGCAAAGGAAGCGGCCAGAAUCUGGGAGCAUCCGGAAAACAUUUCGGAGCGACGGCCAUGGGCUGAGCAGUUCCCUGACUGAUUCCGCCUCCCCGGGGGUAGGGGCAAGCUGCCGCCCAUCUUCCCAGCCCAUCCUGAGCCAGAGUCUCCCCAAGGAAGGGCCAGAUAAGUGUUCCAUCAGUGGGCAUGGGAGUCUCAACUCCAUCAGCCGUCACUCAUCCCUGAAGAAUCGGCUGGACAGUCCACAGAUCCGGAAGACGGUGACAGCAGGCAGGUCAAAAAGCUUCAAUAACCACCGGCCCAUGGACCCUGAGGUCAUUGCACAGGAUAUUGAGGCGACCAUGAACUCUGCCCUGAACGAGCUGCGGGAGCUAGAACGGCAGAGCAGCGUCAAGCACACCCCAGACGUGGUUCUGGACACCUUGGAGCCCCUCAAGACCUCCCCUGUGGUGGCCCCCACAUCAGAGCCCUCCAGUCCCCUGCACACUCAGCUCCUCAAGGACCCUGAGCCCACCUUCCAGCGUAGCGCCAGCACUGCUGGGGACAUCGCCUGCGCCUUCCGGCCUGUCAAGUCUGUCAAGAUGGCGGCCCCAGUCAAGCCGCCAGCCACACGGCCCAAGCCCACUGUCUUCCCCAAAACAAAUGCCACUAGCCCCGGUGUCAACUCCUCUGCCUCCCCACAGUCCACUGACAAGUCUUGUACUGUCUGAGGGAUGUAAUUUAAUUGUUCUAGACAAGGGGACUGGAGGGACUGACUGUUAUUAAAAUCUUCCUAUUUAACUAGCUUGGGGACUUCAGUUGAAAAUUAGGUUCUAAGUUGUUCUUGCAGGAAUUAGCCUCCCCAUCACCCAAAACCUUGAGAAUGAAGCCCUCGUUAUCGCCCAGCCCUCCCCCACCCUUCCCGCUACCUUCUGCUUCCCCCCGUUGUCGUAAUCCAGCCAGCUACAGUACAUACUGUUCUUAGGUUAGCCAGAGGUAGGUUUUUCCAUUAUCAGGUCACUGUGAAAUCUGGCAAGGCAAGUCACAGGGCCGUGGGCUGAAGUCUCAGUCCCCUCAGACACAAGGGAUGCCUAACCAGAUGGCUGGCUGCUGACGGCCAGCUCUCAGUGGCAUCUUGUUUUGGGUACUGAUUAUAGAGAAUCAUAUACAGUUCAUUCUCUGUUUUACACACACACACACACACACACACACACACACACACACACACACACACACACACAC